ACAAAGCUGCAAGAGUGUAGAGUGUUGAGUAGGCACGCAUCAAGACAGGCAGAGAUUUGCACAUCCGAGCAUCAAAGACAGGAUACCUUCAUCAGGCUAACGCACCCCUCAGACAUCAAGGAUCAUGGCACUUUCAGGGAUGAUGAGAGACGAGGACAUCAAGGCUGCAGUCCAGGCUUGUCAAGCUCCAGGCACAUUCGACUACAAGUCAUUCUUUGCACAAGUAGGUCUGAGUGACAGGCCUGAGGUUGAUGGCCAGAAAGUGUUCACAGUCCUGGACCAGGACCAGAGUGGAUACAUAGAGGAGGAGGAGCUUAAAUUUUUCCUGCAGAACUUCUCCUCGGGAGCCAGGGAACUCACCGUGACUGAGACCAAGACCCUGCUGUCAGCGGGAGACAGAGAUGGGGAUGGCAAGAUCGGAAUGGAAGAGUUCUGCGCUUUGCUGAAAUGAAGGUUCCCUUCUCAUCAUGGUUGUCUAUUUUUCUUCUGUAACCUUUUACAAUGUAACAAUUUGUAACCUGUUACAAUGUAACCUUUUACAAUGUAUGGAACCCCAAACACCUCUCUUGUUGAAUGGAAGGAUUACCAACUCAGCAAAUACUUGACUGACACUGUCUCUAGUUUGGUGUUUUGGAGCACUAGUCCCUAGGCAAACAUAAUUAUCGACUUAGAUGUGCAUUAUAUUGAACAUUUGAUCAAUUAAGCAACUG